GUCUGUGUCAUAGCUGAACACACCUCUGUGCCGCUCCUGGGCCACCAUCGGACGUGUUCAUAUCGUUCGAGUGGAAAUAAAAUCACCACUUUCUGGGACUCUGAAUCAAAAUGGAUGGAUUUGUAUGAUAUGGAAGUGUCAUCAUUUCGGAGUGGAAUAUAAACAACAGUGAAAUUUUAAACUCACUUUAAACAGUGACAUGCUUGGAGAUUAACCCCGAAGACUUUGAGAAUUGGAAGAUGUUGAGCCACGAUACUUGAUGGAAUUUUACUUUGGGCUUUGGACAAAAAUUGAAUGUUGUGUUGUUUGUGUGUAUAUGUGCGCUAAUGCCGUGAGUACUCUGUGUGGCGUGCGUCACAUGUAACCUAAUCUUUCACUUUCAAUGUGUGUAAAUGGCGGACGCAAACUCCGUAUCCGACACUCAGUUCUUGUUGCAGUCCAUGCUUCAAAGGCUGAAGCUUCAACCAAGACCUGACACCAACAGCACACACACACAAGUACAGUUUGGUACAACGGUGAGCGAGCAAAAUGGAGGCAUUGCUGAAAGCCCACCUCAAACCCCACCGAUGUACAAUUUUGAUUUUACUCUGGACAACAAAUCUGUUGUGACCAAUCUGACCGGAUUACCGAGUCCUGGUUCGACUGGAGUAGCGACGUCCCUUUCCCAAGAAUUUGCCAAAGGAAUUGAUGUUCGCAACUCACAAAUGUCAUCUACACCAAAACAGGGAAUACAAAGUUGGGAGUUUAUGAGCAACCACUCUGUAUCAGAAGGGAACAGUAGCAUCAGUAGACAUGCAGAUCAUGGCAUGAUGCCCAACCAGCAGAAAUUCACUCUGACAAAAAUGAAUGAUAGCAGUAUCUCUUCUCUGCAAAGCACAGGCCAGGUGGAAUCGAACAUCCAGGGCCAGGGAGUUGGUCAGAAAAGAUGGACGCAAAUGGUGAAGGAAAAAUGGAAGGAGAGAUACAAAAGUACAUCCAGAAGAGAACCAGAUGAGAGAGAGAAACAAGAACAGAGCAAAAAUAGCAUCCUGUCUCCAAUUCCUGUUCAAACUUUGCCCCAAGAAAACAACACAAAUAUAACAUUCAAUGAGGAAGUGAGUGUCCAGCACCAGCCAAUCAACAACGGUUCCAUUGAAAACAAUUCCAGUCUACUCGAUCACAUGAGUGAGACCUUAUUUUCACCUGGUUCUUUUAACCUAAUGGAAGAGAUUUUCACUGGUCAGGAGUGGGCCAAGUUCCUUCCAUCCAGCCCCAUCAGCCAAUCACAAUCCAGUUCCAUCACACAACACCAAGAAAUGGGAUUAACAAGCAGUAUUAGCCAAUCUCCUCAAAAUAUGCAAUCCAUGCUCAGCCAAUGGGAUAACAGAGAGACCACAAGCCCUAAUGGAGCAAUAACACAAUCACAAAUGACCUCUGGAGGUUUUCACACUGAAAACAUGUUUAACCAAAGAAAGACUCCAAGUUUCGGUCAACUUUCUCACAACGGUCAGUAUGGACUGUAUGAUCCAGGAUCAAACCAUUUAGAGAACAUGGAUCUGAGUGCCAGCCCAUUAGGGAACAAUCAUUCGAUCAAAGAACAAGCGCAUGUUUAUCUGUAUAAUCAAUCGAACAACACAGAUCUAACUGUAAACUCAUCAUUAUCCAGUGAGCAAAUGAUGGAAAUAAACCAGAACCAACAUGGAAGUGUGCAUGAGGUUCUCCCUGUAUUGGAUUUAUCAUAUCUCCAGUCCAAAGACGGCUCCUCUCUGAAGAAACAAGUACCUCUGAACCGUAAGCGAAGCCACUGUACCGAGAGAAGGGGUUCAAAUGAACGAUGGAGAUCGGAAACAGGAGACAUGCACGAGUGGAGGAAUAAUUCCUCUCCUUCAGAUACAGUACCGAGUCUUUCCCCUGCUUCCUCCACUUCCUCUCUCCAGCACUCUAUUUCACAGGAUUCAGAGUCAUCGGUGUCUAUAGAAACUGUCAUCAAAAGGAGGCGGGUGGAGAACACGCGUCAUGUGCGAUUUUCAGAAAAUGUUACCAUCGUACCGCCCCUUGUUUUCUCUGACGAUGACGGCGAUGCUGAUGAUGAGUAUUACGAUCAUAACGUCAACGAGGGCAACGAUGACGUUGGAGAAGAGUCACCGCCUCGUCCGUCUCUUCCCCGAUGGAUUGAGGCACUCAGGAAUAAGACUAAGACUAAGAGUAAGCCUAAACUUAAACUUCCACGCAUGAGGACUAAAAAAUAUCGUUUUGUGUGACAAAACGAGUGACCUGAAUAGCUUUUUUAUUACAAGAUAUUUCUGAAACAUGUGGUCAUUUAUGUAAAGAAAACAAUGUAAAGUAAUACGCUUCAUGUUGUUUGUAAUUCUAUCCAUAACUUAUGAGCUAAUGAGAUUUUUACACCUGGAAGAUUCAUAAAAAUUAUCCAGCCAGACGAUCAUGCAGCUUUAGCACCUCCUCACAUCAAAUAUCAGAACGAGGAAAAAAUGUCACAAUGUCUGUCUUUCUUUUACAACCGUGUUGAGCUGAAAAGCAACCCAGAAAGCUAAAUACGGCAUCAUGGUCCGCUCACGUCUGCCGAGAACGGGAAUCCGGGGCUAUACUGGAAACAGGCUCACUGUCAAACUGGACAGUUUAAGGCUGGACAAAUGUCACAUGAACAAAGUCAGUGACAUCACAGUUUUCUCCAUUCUGAUGGGCGACAAGAAAAUUCUGUAUCUGCAUGAUUGACGGCAUAAUUACAUGAAUAACUGCAUGAACAGGGUUCAUACCCUAGGCCACACCUACAGGAGUCACAGAAGUUUAAUACGUUUUGUUCCUGCACUUAGCUUUUUAUUACAGUAAUGACCUUUAUAUUGAAAUAACCGAAUUUCAACACAUUUCUUUGCAAAAAUGAAUCGCGGCAUAACAACACCAAGAGAGAAAACAGUUUAUUAACUAACACUGAUUUCUUACUGAUUACAAUGAAAAUCACACAAUUUUUAACUGCUAUAACCUUCCAUGUAAGAAUAAUAAACAUGUUUUUUUUUAUUUUAGACAUCUUUAAAAUGUAUUAUUCAGGGUUAUUAUUAUUAUUAUUA